AUGAACGGAACCCGCUUCUUCCUGGGAUUCGUCGUCCCCUUCACUGUCAUCGUCUCCUGCUAUGCCGUCAUCAUCCAUCGUCUCAGGAGGAACCGCACCCUGGCCGGCCAAUUGAGUCGCCCCUUCAAGAUCAUCGCUGCCGUCAUCACCACUUUCUUCCUGUGCUGGGCGCCGUAUCACAUCAUGGCUCUAAUCCAGAUGGUUAAUCACACGGCGAUCCACUCGAGUGAAACAUUGGACCACGUCAUCACUAUCGGUGUCCCUAUAGCAACCAGCCUGGCCUUUCUCAACAGCUGCCUGAACCCACUGCUGUAUGUGUUCAUGGGCCAAGAUUUCAAGGAAAAAGUCCGCAAGUCCAUCCUGAACGUGUUGGAGACUGCCUUCCAGGAGGAAGUGUCUCGCUCAUAUACAUACACAAACUCAAUGGUCACCAGUCGGAGUAAAGAGAAGUCUGUGUCUGAUGCUGAGGUAUAAGGUUGAACAUGAUAUGGAUAAACAAAUACU